AUGUUGCCUAUAAGACGCCUUGCAGCGUUCCCGAAACCACAUACGCGUCUCUCGUACGCGUGGAUCCACAACUCUGCCCCGCGUAUGCUUUUCAACAAACAGCCUACCCCACAAACUCCGGCUCCAGAAAACAAGAAGCAAAUCGAUCAUAAGGCCUUUGAUAAACACCCUAUUUUGAGCAAAGUUCCCAGAUUUUUGAGACCUUGGACAACACAAUUCAUACACGCUCCAGUCUCUCAUGUGACUGCUUUUCUUGUGCUUCAUGAACUCACUGCCAUAGUGCCCUUGGUGGGUAUAUGGUACAUGCUUCAUUCGUACCAUGACUUGCUUAUGGUGUCCUCAUUAGACUUGCCUUCUUGGGCCAUCGAAAAGGGAACUAAAAUUAUAGAUCUGGCUAUGGAGUCAUUUGAUUGGGGAACUACUCGUUGA